AUGAUGUCGCGCGAGCAGUUGACGCGCUUCCGCGUCGGGGAUUCUGCCGAUCCUCCGACGCUCGAAGACGAGAUCAAAUCUGCUUCCCCAGAUACGUCUCCAGACACUGAUUCCUUCGACGCAAUGCCUGAAAUCUCCGACUUCGAAAAGGAGCGCUUGGCGAACAUCGCCGAACGCGAUGCGCUCCUCAAACAACUUAUGCUCGACAACAAGUCCGCCGGUCAUUUUAUGACUCCCCCCAAACCUCCAGGCAGUGGUGGUCCGAAGUCAAAGAAGCGUGCUCCGCCAAAACCUCGUAUUAAGAAAGAAGACGAAGACAAUACCCCUCGACGUACCUCCUCCCGCCUCAAGGGACUCGUGGCAGACAGUGAAGUCGCAAAGCGCAAAGCCGAAGAUGAACACGAUGCCUUGCGCGAAGCCGAGCGCGCCAAGAGGAUUCGCCGCACCGAUUCCUUCACACAAGCUGAUAUGUUCGUUGCCGGACAGAAGCUGACCGGGGCCGAUUUGAUCGGUGUCGACGUAAUCACCAAGGGUGUCGCAAAGCCCUAUGAGCGAACAUUCGACAAUGACGAUGUUGAGAAGACCACAGACAAGGACUUGAAGGCGAUCCGGGAGGAAAUGAGUGGAUUGAAGCUUUGGGAAGCUUGGGAUCCGCAGCGUAUCAAGAUCACCCCGGAGCGCGUGUAUGCGAUGACCUUUCACCCAUCCGAAUCAAAGCCUCUCAUCUUCGCCGGUGACAAGAUGGGUCACCUCGGUAUGCUGGAUGCGUCGCAGGAAAAGCCUGCUGUCAAUGAGGACGACGAGGAUGAGGAUGAGUAUGAUCCGGACCCUAUUUUGACCACUUUGAAGCCACAUACUCGUACCAUUUGCUCGAUGACAAUUAAUCCCUGCAAGCCGACUCACCUGUACACCGCUAGUUAUGACAGCUCGAUCCGUGAAUUGGAUCUGGAGAAGAUGGUAUCGUCGGAGAAGUACGCACCAGAAUCUACCAACAUUGACGAGGCAGUUUCCUCGGUGGACAUGGUACCAGAUGAUCCUCAUACACUGUACUGGACGACUCUGAACGGCGAGUUCGGUCGUUAUGAUAUGCGCAUGGCUCGUAAUGAAAGCAACGUCUCCUCGUGGCAACUAUCGGAGAAGAAAAUCGGUGGAUUCACAAUUUGCCCCUCGCAGCCUCACUUCGUCGCAACAGCGAGUCUGGACCGUUUCAUGCGUUUGUGGGAUCUGCGCAACUUGUCAGUUGAGAACCCAAUCCCAGUCGCCGAGCAUGAGAACCGCCUCUCGGUAUCACACGCUGCAUUCAACUCGGCUGGUCAAAUCGCAACCAGUUCAUAUGACGACACAAUUAAGAUUUAUGAUAUUGGCGCAAAGGGAUUCUCGUCGUGGCAGGAAGGCCACACCCUCAAAGAAGACCUCACCCCUGACACUGUUGUCAGACACAAUUGCCAAACUGGGCGCUGGGUGACAAUUCUACGCCCUCAGUGGCAACUUAACCCGCAGUCACCAAUUCAACGGUUCUGCAUCGGCAACAUGAACCGCUUUGUCGACAUCUACAGCAGCAACGGUGACCAGCUUGCUCAGCUUGGUGGGGAGGGCAUUACGGCAGUCCCUGCGGUGGCUGUCUUCCAUCGCAGUAAGAAUUGGGUGGCUGCCGGUACUGCCAGUGGCAAGCUUUGCUUGUGGCAGUAA